AAACCAACCCAGUUCAGUUGCAGACCCUACCGCACCUUCAAUCCUCAACCAACCCACUAGUAACGACAAUCAUCCUAUACCACACAAACCCACCUCGCCUGCUUCUUCUUCUUCUUCUUCUUCUUCUUCUUCUUCUCGAGUUGGAGGAAUCGAGACCAGAGGGAAGAUGUACAGAGAUGUUUCCAGCUGUAAUACCUACAACUAUGGCGACGCUCUUUACUGGGACGCUCGUUAUGUGCAGGAGGGAGGUUCCUUCGAUUGGUAUCAGCGUUACUCGGCUCUUCGUCCCUUUAUACGGAAGUACAUCCCCACCUCAUCUCGUGUUCUCAUGGUCGGCUGUGGCAAUGCCCUUAUGUCGGAGGACAUGGUGGUGGAUGGGUACGAGGAUAUAACGAAUAUUGACAUUUCUUCAGUAGCUAUUGACAUGAUGAGAAGGAAACAUGCAUAUAUUCCUCAGUUGAAAUACAUGCAAAUGGAUGUUAGAGAUAUGAGCUUCUUCCCAGAUGAAUCUUUUCAGAGUGUUAUUGAUAAAGGAACUCUUGAUUCUUUGAUGUGCGGCAAUGAUGCUCCAGUUAGUGCUGCAAGGAUGCUGGGUGAAGUUAGCAGGCUUCUUAAACCUGGGGGGAUCUAUAUGCUGAUAACCUAUGGUGAUCCUAAAGUAAGGAUGCCCCAUUUGAGUCGGUCGGUGUACAACUGGAAAACUGUAUUGUACAUAAUACCCAGACCUGGAUUUGAAACAUCGGUGAAUUCCAGUUCAACAACAAAAUCAUAUUUGGAACCUGUUCCCGUCACGAAAGAUGGCUUACUUCCAGUUGAUUUUGUUUUGGAAGAUCCAGAUUCUCACUUCAUUUACGUUUGUGAAAAGAUGGAUGGGUUGGAGCGUUGUAAUCUAACUUAAUACCCGUUGACAACUGAUAUUCUAUAGGAACAAAUACCCGACAAGCAGUUAAACAAGUUAACCGGCUUAAGCAUCCAGCGUAACCUAUUUGUAUGAUGAUUGCUGCUUGUACAACCAGGAUUAGGGAAUUAGGUGCCAUCAGAAUUUGUAUUAGCAACUCCAUUGUUUAGUUAGCAUUUGGGCUUUUGUAAAAUACACAAAUAAGGAAACCAUGUUAUUUGUAUCAUAGAACUGCAAUUUUGACUUUUAGUCUUAAUAUCGAAUAACUGGUGCUUUAUUCGAGUUGACA